AUGGGGGAGUGGAUUUGGGGUCCCUGGAGCUACGGAGUCAGUCAGACUGUGCUCUCUUGGGAUAUCUGGAAGAGUCUGGAUGCCUGGAGAUAUCGUGGGGGAAGACUUUGGAGUCUGAGUUUAUUAGGGGGCAGUCGGAGACCUCCAGGAAAAAACCAUAGGGUGUUUGGAGAUGUCCAGGACUACUGGAGUCAACCAGCUAUCUCCGGGGACAUCGUGGAGGCAGGCGGGGGUCUACGGGCAUUCCCACGAAGGUCAGGGGUCGUGGGAGAGGAGAGGGACAGUGGCGACCUCCAGAACCAUCGAGGGAGCGCUUGGGGGCGUCAAGGCCGCCACCCUCCCCUGUCCGCUGGCCCCAGCGCCCGUCAGCUCCUGUCGCGGCUGGACGCGCGCCCCCUGGCGGCCCGAGCUGCGGCCGACGUGGCGGCGCUGGUGCGCAGGGCCGGCGCCACAUUGCGCCUGCGUCCCAAGGAGGGUGUUAGUGUGCUGGACUCUGCAGACAUAGAGGUCACAGACAGUCGUCUACCUCACCCCACUACUGUGGAUCACCAGCCGCAGCAUCGUCGGUCGGAGACUGUGGGUAUGUGUACUCAACCGCCCGGAGUGACCCAUGCUAAGGCACGUUGUGCUUCGAAGCCGCCCCGGACCCCUGAUCAAUUCUCUGUAGAGCUGGUCCGCGGUUCUGAAGGCUUUGGUCUCACUUUAAGUGGCGGCCAGGAUGUUGGUGGGGAUGCUCCGCUGGCUGUGCGCGGGCUGCUUAAGGACGGGCAGGCACAGCGCUGUGGUCGUUUGCAGUACCGCUCCCUCGGACUCUGGCAGGUCGGUGACCUAGUGCUUCACAUUAAUGGAGAGUCAACACAGGGCCUCACCCACACUCAGGUGGUGGAGAGGAUACGCGCUGGAGGCCCCCAGCUCCACCUGGUGCUCAGCCGGCCUGUGGAGACCCAUUCGGGCAAGCCUGAAGGGGUGGGAAGAUUCCCAAGAGGAGACGAUCUCAGCUUAGAUCCUGGAGGGCCGGAGAAGAUGAGGUCUCGCAGCAGUAGCACGUCCCCAGUUCAGCACCUUCAAUCUUUGACAACGGGCAAGACCCAGGAUACUCGGGAGCCUAGUCCAGAGGAGAUGGCCAGCGGCCGGUUGGUUCCCCGUCCUGAGCCCCACACGGAGGACCCUGAGGACCGCAUCCCAAGUUCCCCAGGGCCCUGGCUGGUGCCGAGCGAGGAACGUCUCUCUCGGGCCCUGGGAGUCUCAGGGGCGGCGCAGGUAGCCCAAGAGACGGCAGCCGGACGGCGGAGACAUUGAGCGUAUAUCAGACCGCUCCGUGCUCCGUUGGUGCCGCCCAACCUAGAUCUGGUGUGCCGGGCCCCGCGUCGCACUAGCACCGCCCGAGAGCUUCCACCUGGUCUGGUCCCUCCCCCACUCCGCUGCGCAGUCAGCCAGCCCGCACUCCCCUCGAAACGUCAGUGGUAUGGCCCGUCCAGACCGGCCAGCCCUGCGCUUCUUGUUUGGCCCAGGGAAGUAUUAAAAUGGUUAGAUCCAGUCUUAACUUGCUAGGUGCUCUAGGUCGGGUGGGGCUGCCCAGUCCGCUCUGUAAAGGAGGGGGUGGCUUUAUCUGGUUUCAAGGAGUGCCUCUUGUAACCGCUGACAAGCUUCUUGCCCAGCCGUUUCUUUCAUGCUUCCAGCUGGGUCUUUACUUCUGCCUAUCCUCAGCCUGUGUUUCCUAUCCUCGCCUUUUCUCUUCGCCAACUCCUGCUGCGUUUCCCAUUCAUUCAUUUCUCCUCUUUGGGGGUGUGCAGUGGCUCACACGUAAUUAUUGUGCAUGGCAAUGGGAGUGCAGAGGUGGGCCUGUUAUUGUGGCAGGAAUGCACAGGUAUAACCCACAGUCCUGACUCGGAAUCGUCUAGAUCCUCCGCUGUCGUUGGAAUAGUAAAGCUAGAAGUAGGGUGGCUUCCCUCACCGGGAGCCUGCGGUCUCCCACUUCCGGCCAAGUCGGCUAGCUUUUGCUGGCGCGUAGACUGCCACCCUCAAGGCACUGGCUGGGGCCCUAGAGCCCCCUUUAGGGCGGAGCCGGGAAGGUGUGAGUCAGCGCCUCCGGGCGGGCCGGGCUAAAAAGAGCUGUGCAUAUUAAAAACAAACAAACAAAGGUUGUCA